AUGUCGAAGCGUGUAUCUUCAGCUGCGACAAGCAUCAACAACGGUGGGGUGGUUCUUUGUGAGCACAAUGUUCCCGUCGUCGUCAAAACGUCUGGUAUCUCGACCAACCCAGGCAGGCAAUUCUAUGGAUGCCCAUAUUGGCAGAUGGUUAAUGGUACAGAAUGCGAAGGGAAAAACGAACUGUCGUUUUUUAGGUGGGUCGAGAGGAUUGAUGAUGAAAACUAG